UGGUCUUAUCUAAUUGUGUUAGGAAAGUAUAUCAUAUCACAGAGCAGAGGAUUGAAGAAGAAGAAGAAGAAGAAGGAAGAAAUGGCAUGCUUUAUACCUUUCAAUGACAGAAAUCUGGAUCUCAGCUUCUUCAUAUUCAGGCCAACUAUAGUUAUAGUUGAUCAGCUUGUGGAUUAUCUCAAACACUUCUCCUCGAGCACUGAGACCCUUGGUUGUGUUCAUAGUGCUAUUUUCAGAAGCAUUCAUGGCAGUCUGAUUAUAUGGUAUGGAGCAUGGAUUAAGAAAUCAAGUGACAAAGACAGAGACUUGCUAAGCGCCACUCUUCUUUCAAUGCUGAGCGGCGUAUCAAGCAUGGCAAUAAUCUUAGAGCAGGGGUUCUACGAGGCGUUCGCCGGAGAAGCCAGGGACGGGACGCCGGCGGCGAAGUUCUAUACCGGCGACACGGUGUCCAUGAACGCGCUGUCGUUCUCGACGCGGGAGGUGGACCUGAACCGGUUCUCCUACGCGUGCCUGGCGAUAUUCAAGGACCGGUUCCUGCGGAUGGACGGGGCGAAGGGCGGCGCGUGCCUGAAGUCGCGGGCGCUGAGCAAGGUGUGCGCGGUGUUCGUGUGGCGGUCGUUGCAGAGCUGCUACUCCUACAUCCUCAACGACGACUACCGGAGCAGCGUGUUGCCGUACCUGGACGGGAUGUCGCUGGACAUAAAGUAUGAUAUCUUUAGGGUUGUGUAUGUGAGCGGGGAGAACGCCAUGGAUUUCCACUUCUUUCCGCCGCAUAGGUUGCUGGAGAGCAAUGGAGUUCAUGAUUCCAACAAGGUUGCAGACUAGGAUAUUUAAUGAUUUUGAUGUAUUCAUUCAUCAUGCAUGUGCUAAUGCAUUGCCAAAUUUUGUUAUGUAAAUUAUAUUUUUCAGUAUAAGUAUUACAUUUUUAUAUU